AUGCCCGAAGCCAACUCCUCCUGCCGGGAAGCCAUGCCAAGCAGGAAGAAAAAGAAGCCGCCCGCGCGCCGCACGGUCAGCCAGAUCUGCCCUCCUCCGCGACGCCCCCUAACCGUGGCCGACAUACGGCCGGGCAUGGAGAACGAGAGGCUGGGGGUCGUGAGGGAUUCCAUGUUUCAGAACCCGCUCAUCGUCAAGGCUGAACUUGGGAAGCCUCGAGAAAGAAGCUACAGUCUGCCUGGAGUUGAUUUUAAUUAUGGCCUGUACAUCCGGGGCACGGAUGGAGGGGUACCUGCAGCCCUCGGCCAUUGGAAUGUGUUCAAGCAGCAGCCCACCUGCCCCCACGAGCUGACUCGGAACUACAUUGCCAUGAACCGUGGAGCUGUGAAAGCAGGCCUCAUCACUGCCCGGGAGAAUGUCCUGUACCGCCAGCUCAACGACAUCCGCAUCAGUGACCAGGAUGACCGGCAGACAAAGAAGGAGCCACCCUCGAUACCUCCAGACAUGACGUUUGGGAUUCCAGCUCGGCCUUCGACACCAUUCUUUGAUCUGCUGCAGCACCGGUACCAACAGCUGUGGGUCCAGGAGCAAAAGGCUGCUCAGAAGGCCAUUAAAAUGGAGAAAAAACAGAAGAUGAUCCUCGGGAAGCUGUACAAUACACGGAGCAGUCUGCUGAGGAAGUACAUGCCACCGGUGAAACCAGACGAGCUGUGGCGCAUACCUCACUUCCAGAAGGUGGGCCCCCACCUCGACACCUUCCCCACCGAGGCUGAUCGCCAGAGGGCCCUCAAGGCCCACCGGGAAGAGCACGCUGUGCGCCAAGGGCUGCUGCGGAUGGGCAACUACACCCACCACUAG